AUGGCUGGCAAAAGCAACACACUCUUGUUUCUUUCAUUUCUCUUGCUUCUUCUUUGCUUAUCCAAUCACAAAGUAGAGUCCCGGGCACCUUUCGCUUGUGACCCAAAAAAUGGGCUAACAAGAAACUUAAAGUUCUGUAGGGUUAAGGUACCAAUGCAUGUGAGAGUGAGGGAUUUGAUUGGUAGGUUGACUUUGCAGGAGAAGAUUAGGCUGUUAGUCAACAAUGCUGCUGCCGUCCCUAGGCUUGGCAUUCAAGGAUAUGAAUGGUGGUCGGAGGCUCUUCAUGGUGUGUCCAAUGUGGGACCAGGGACCAAGUUUGGCGGGGCCUUUCCAGGGGCCACCAGCUUCCCUCAAGUCAUCACCACUGCUGCUUCCUUCAAUGCGUCUUUGUGGGAGGAAAUCGGACGGGUGAGAAUCCUUGAAAUUGUCGUAGUGUCUGACGAAGCAAGGGCAAUGUACAAUGGAGGGAUGGCUGGCUUGACUUAUUGGAGUCCAAAUGUUAAUGUGUUCCGUGACCCCAGGUGGGGUAGAGGGCAGGAAACUCCAGGCGAAGACCCAGUUUUAGCAGGGAAAUAUGCUGCCAGCUACGUUAGGGGACUCCAAGGUAACAAUGGCCUCAGACUAAAAGUCGCUGCCUGUUGCAAACACUACACCGCCUAUGAUCUUGAUAAUUGGAACGGGGUGGAUCGGUACCACUUCAAUGCUAGAGUAAGCAAGCAAGACUUGGCAGACACGUAUAAUGUGCCAUUUAAGUCCUGUGUGGUGGAAGGAAAGGUGGCCAGUGUAAUGUGCUCUUACAAUCAAGUCAAUGGAAAGCCCACUUGUGCUGAUCCUGACCUCCUUAGAAAUACCAUCCGUGGGCAAUGGAGACUGAAUGGAUACAUAGUAUCAGACUGUGACUCAGUUGGGGUCAUAUAUGAAAACCAACACUACACUAUCACACCGGAAGAAGCAGCCGCAGCUACUAUUCGAGCAGGCCUAGAUUUGGACUGUGGCCCAUUCUUGGCCAUCCACACCGAAAACGCUGUAAAGGGUCGAUUGCUGAACGAAGAAGAUGUAAACAUGGCCUUAGCCAAUACAUUAACGGUCCAAAUGAGACUAGGCAUGUUUGAUGGAGAGCCAUCAGCCCAGCCAUUUGGUAAAUUGGGCCCAAGAGAUGUUUGCACUCCAGCUCACCAACAGUUGGCCCUCCAGGCUGCCAGACAAGGCAUUGUUUUGCUUCAAAAUUCCAGGCGGACCUUGCCUUUGUCCAGAACCCAUCGUACUGUAGCAGUAAUUGGGCCCAAUUCGGAUGUUACUGUUACCAUGAUUGGAAAUUAUGCUGGUGUUGCAUGUGGGUAUACCACUCCUCUUCAAGGGAUUAGUAGAUAUGCUAGGACCAUUCACCAAUCUGGAUGCAUUAACGUGGCCUGCAAUGGGAACCAACAAUUUGGCGCGGCUGAGGCUGCAGCCAGGCAGGCCGAUGCAACUGUUCUUGUAAUGGGACUUGAUCAAUCUAUAGAAGCAGAAUUUAGGGAUAGGAAAGGGCUUCUCUUACCUGGACACCAACAAGAACUUGUAUCAAGGGUGGCUAGGGCAUCGAGAGGUCCUACCAUAUUGGUGCUGAUGAGUGGUGGUCCAAUCGAUGUCUCCUUUGCUAAGAACGAUCCUCGUAUUGGUGCUAUAUUAUGGGCUGGAUAUCCUGGACAAGCUGGUGGUGCUGCCAUUGCUGAUGUUCUGUUCGGAACAACUAAUCCAGGUGGUAAGCUGCCAAUGACAUGGUAUCCACAAGACUACCUUGCUAAGGUGCCAAUGACAAACAUGGGAAUGAGAGCAAACCCAUCGAGAGGUUAUCCUGGUAGAACCUACCGAUUCUAUAAGGGGCCUGUUGUGUUCCCCUUUGGCCAUGGAAUGAGCUACACCAACUUUGCUCACGCUUUAGCCCAAGCUCCACAAGAGGUUUCCGUACCACUUACAAGUCUGUCUGCCUUGCGAAACACUACCAGUGCAAGCAACGGAAUCAGGGUCUUGCACGCAAAUUGCGAGACACCCGCAUUAGGUGUUCAUAUUGAUGUGAAGAACACUGGAAACAUGGAUGGAACUCACACACUUCUGGUGUUCUCUAGUCCACCAGAAGGAAAAUGGUCGACAAACAAGCAAUUGAUUGGUUUUGAGAAGGUUGAUUUAGUAGCAGGAUCUGAAAAACGAGUCAAGAUUGACAUUCAUGUGUGUAAGCACUUGAGUGUGGUGGACCGAUUCGGAAUUCGAAGGAUUCCAAUUGGUAAACAUGAUCUUCACAUUGGAGAUCUCAAGCAUUCUAUUUCACUCCAAGCAAAUUUGGAAGAGAUCAAAUCCUAA